AUUGUUAUGGUGGACUUGACACCGCUGAUAUUCGACCUGUUAAAGUGUGGAUGGAAAUAUCAGUGCAGGGGACUGAACAGCGGUCAAACGCUUGUUGUUAACGGGUCCUGGCGCACAUUUAUAUUUAUAUUUGCUGUGAGUUUAUCGUCCCUGACAAAGCAAGCACGGUUCCGAUUGAAUCUAACGACUGUGAGACAGAUGGCGGCUGUGAGGGGCAUGAGCAAAAUGUAUGGAGUAUGUUUCCAUGCUGUUCGGCAGACGGCAGGACUGAAGGCAUCGAGGCUGCUUCAACACCGAGCCUUCAGAGUCAGCGCCAUGCAGCAGCAGCAGCCCUUUGACUCAUCACUGGAGAAGCCACAGUUCCCUGGAGCAUCAGCCGAGUUUGUGGAUCAGCUUGAGUUCAUCCAGCCCAAUGUCAUCUCUGGGAUCCCAGUGUAUCGGGUGAUGGACAGGCAGGGCAAUAUCAUCAACCCCUCUCAAGACCCCCAGCUCUCCAAAGAGACAGUUUUGAACUUCUAUCAGAAGAUGACUCUGCUGAACACAAUGGACCGCAUUCUUUAUGAGUCACAGAGACAGGGCCGGAUUUCCUUCUACAUGACCAACUAUGGCGAGGAGGGGACACACAUUGGUAGUGCUGCUGCUCUGGACUCAAACGACCUGGUGUUUGGUCAAUACAGAGAAGCUGGUAAGGAUCAGAUAGAUGUGGUUGUAGACAGACAUAGAUCCCUUUUUAGAAAGCUCUGCUCCAAGCUCGUUAGGCUGUUUAAAAAAAUGUGA